AUGGGCUAUCUAACUACAGAAGCAGUCGAAAAUCUGAGCAAGCACAAAUACUGCAGUUCUGAGUACUCAACUUUUAUGAACUUUCUCAAUAGAGCAUUAUGGACUCCUUGCUCAAACUUUCUGCCAGAUUGGCUUGCACCUAACCUUAUAACAAUUUUGUCCACAGUUUCCAUUAUGUUCGCAUGUUUCUAUGCUAUUGGGCAUAAUGAUUUGCUGUUUAGUGCAACUGUGCCUCCGGAUACAAUGCUGAUUGGAGCUAUCGGGAUUUUUAUUUACAGCUUAUUAGAUAACCUUGACGGAAAACAAGCAAGAAGACUUGGGGUCAGUUCACCACUUGGCCAGUUGUUGGAUCACGGAUUAGAUGCCAGCGUUAAUGCCCUUUCGAUUGGCUUAUUGUUAGUCCAAGCUUUGAAUUUUCACGAUUCAAUAAUGAUUCCAACCCUUUUGGUUUUUAUGCAAUUGCCUUGCUUUUUUACUUUUUGGGAAGAGUAUUACUGCGGAAUAAUGAAACUCCAGGUAGGAGGCUUGGGAGCUGACGAGUUUAACUUUUUAUCAAUAGGAAUAAUGCUGGUUAGCUAUUUUUCUGGGACUGAAUUUUGGGAUAAUAAAAUAUUUUCAGCAAUUCCUUUGAAUACCCUUUAUGUGAGUGUUUUGAUCAUAUUGUAAAUUUCAUAUAGAUUCCUUAUCAUUGGAUUACCAAGCUUUACUUCUUCAGUCUACUACAAAACCAAUACAUUAAAAUCAUUUUUAUUACUGAUUCCUCCAAUGCAGGUUUAUUUGGGAAUUUACAUUUUUUACUUCAGUGAAGCUUAUAAGCAUUAUGCACUUUUAUUUUUAAUUGCUGGAUGCGCUUUGGGAGGACUAUUAAACUGCAGAUUGAUUAUUUCGGUCACUUGCAACGUGGAAUUUAAGAUUUUCAGGCUUGAUACUACACUUUUCUUUUUGUUUGCGAUUGCAAGCUAUUAUUAUGAAAUUGUAAACUUCUGGAUUAUAAAUAAAAUGGCAUUCGGUUCGAGAGAAAUUAGCUCUGCUAAUUUUCUCUCCUCAUGGAAUUUUAUUUAUGGGGUUAGGUUUUCUCUCGAGAACUUCUGCACAGCAAUAGCAGUUUAACUUUGGGGAUAACCAGAGGAACUGCUCCUCAGUGCAUCAAGAGGCUCAGGGUUUACCUCUCAGCACAUCUCCACGGGAAAAUGAUCCUAAGGCGGAACAUGCGCAGGAGUUGAGUCAGGGCAGGGCAACGGCAACGGCAAUGCACCAGGUGAGAUGUGCGGCGACUGGCGGAGAAGCUUUGAUAGAAGGCUUUGGCUGGUGGGCUUACUACCGCGAUUCCAAGAUGGCUCGGUGACGUCACUAGUCUGCUAUAGCCCUAUAUAUUAGGGUGCGGCACGAGACACCUUAAAUACCAGAUACUAAGUUAAGUUAAGGUAAGUAAACUUUUGGAUUGCGGCUGGGCUUUGUGGGGCGAUGACGUUGUAUUUAUUCUUUUACUUGUACUCGAUUUCUUGCGAAAUUGCAGAGUGCUUGGGAAUUAAUGUGCUGACAGUCAGAAAAGCGAAUUAA